CUUCCCCCAAGUCAACAGCAGAGCUCAGAGCCUUAUGAAAUAAAAUGACACGUUCGCACAAGGUCAACGAUCAGGAUCACUCGGGGUCACAAGAAGGAGCAGCCCUUCUCCAAGAACACCUUCCCCGCUUUUUCGCCAAGUCUGGACCUGUGGAUGCUGAUCCUCGAAAGACUAAGAAAGACGGCGGAGGUAAAAGGAACUGGUCAGUACAAUACUCUAGCAGCCUCGCUCCUAUAAGAUCAACGCCCAGUGACCUUUCUGCAGGGGCCGCUCUGGCGACGAAGUCCAUGACUAUGGCUAUAAAUUCACGAAUACACGACGCCACUCGAAUAGCAGUGCUCAGGGAAUAGCGGAUUUUGCGACCAAGUUCGAAGCCAUUGAACCAGAGCCCGUCUUCGAAGAGAACCUGCAUGGACCCUUAGAUGCCUCUCCUGUGAACGAAGAAAUGGUAAUGAAGGUCGACAGUAUCAAUAGUAAUAACACCGAAGGUAGUGAGUGAUACAAAGCGUCCCUGAUCGUGUGUUUCAAGAAGCUGGGACUCGGAUCGAAGAAUUGUAUAUUUUAUGGAC